AGAUUUUUUUAUUUAUUUCUGGUUAGCAAACUAAUUUUGGUGGGGGAAAUUGAGAGAUAGCGCAAUCAGAUAUGGGGCCAUGGUCGUUGAAUGUGGUUGGAAACUUGUCCUGUAGAAUAUUAGAAUUGAAGGAAACUGAGAAAAAUCAGAUGCUUUAGAUCUGUUUACCCAUCAGGUUGAUACCAACCUUCUACCUCGCAACCACCGCCACCAUCACCACCGCCACCUUCUUCUUCAUACUUCUUUCUCUCCUUCAGUCUUCAAUGGUGUUGACGUGUUAGGUGGCCUUUCUUUCUUUCUUAGUCUUCAUAUUUAUUUGACUCUUCUUGCUCAAGGACCUGCUUCUUUCACUGUUUCCAUAUAAACUCCAAAACCUUAAGCUGAGGACAGCAACAUGCAAAAUCAUCUCUGCCUGUGCGUAGUUUGAUGUGGUCUGAGCUUCACUGAGGGCUUUUGCUAAAGGAUCUGGAUCUUAUACACGGUAUAUAUCAAAAAUGGUGGCUGGAAAUGGACUGCUUUAUCCAAUUCUUGGUUUUGCCUCCUGUGUGGCAUUCAUUUACAUGUCUUUUGGUAAUUUGUGGCUUGUUUAUCAUGAAGAACCAGAGUUACCUUUUGUGACCAGAAAUGGAACUCAGUUUAUGCUGGAUGGUAGGCCCUUUUACAUUAAUGGAUGGAAUUCUUAUUGGUUAAUGGACCAUUCUGUGGAAGAAGACAGGAAACCUAGGGUUAGUGCAAUGCUGGAAGCUGGUGCUAAGAUGGGUCUCACAGUUUGUCGAACAUGGGCUUUCAAUGAUGGUGGCUACAAUGCUCUUCAGGUUUCCCCUGGUCGAUUCGAUGAGCGGGUAUUUAAGGCCUUGGAUUAUGUCAUUGCAGAAGCAAGACAGCACGGAAUCAGGCUGCUUCUUAGUUUAGUCAAUAACUUAAAGCCAUAUGGUGGGAAAACACAGUAUGUCAAGUGGGCAUGGGAAGAAGGCGUUGGUUUGAGCUCUUCAAAUGAUUCUUUCUUCUUCGAUCCAACCAUCAAAAGAUAUUUCAAGAACUAUGUAAAGACUUUGUUGACUAGAAAAAACACCAUCACGGGGAUUGAAUAUCGGAAUGAUCCCAGCAUCUUUGGAUGGGAGUUGAUGAAUGAACCGCGUUGCAUGUCUGAUCCUUCAGGUGACACUCUCCAAGACUGGAUAGAAGAAAUGUCAGCUUUUGUGAAGUCUAUUGACAAGAACCAUCUGCUGACUGUGGGCCUUGAAGGAUUUUAUGGUCCCAAAAAUCCAAAGAGGUUAACUGUGAACCCAGAAGAUUGGGCAUCAACCUUUGGAUCUGAUUUUGUUCGCAACUCCAAGGUCCCAGACAUUGAUUUUGCCUCUGUUCAUAUAUACCCGGAUCAUUGGAUUCAAGGUCGAACAUUUGAAGAGAAGCUGACAUUUGUCUCCAAGUGGAUGCUUUCUCACAUUGAAGAUGGACAUUAUGAACUAGGCAAGCCAGUCUUUUUCACUGAAUAUGGGUUCUCUAAUCUGAACAAUGACUUCCAGCAUUCUCAACGCGAUCAGUUCUACAAAACCAUUUUACACAUCAUCUAUAAGUCUGCCAAGAGAAAACGAGCUGGGGCAGGUGCUUUAGUCUGGCAAUUUUUUGUCCAAGGAAUGGAAGAUUUCAAUGAUGAUUUUGGGAUUGUCCCUUGGGAAAUAUCAUCAACAUACAGGUCUUUUAUUGAACAAUCUUGCAGGUUGGCCAAAAUCCAGGGAACUCUUCUGCAAAAUCAAAAUUUUAGAGAGUUGUGUUUGCAGAGCCAGUGAUAAUUAAGUUAUAAUUAAAAUGUUUGAAAGCUGUGAGGUAAUAUAUACAUAUUUUUUUCAUUUUGCUGGCUCGCUGGGGGAAGAGAUGCGAGUCGCCUUUUUGUAUUCAGUAUCUUGAUUCCUUACAAAUUAUGUAAUUCAUAUUAGGAUAGACAAGUUUAGGUACAUGGCAGCAGAGAUUAUAGACACUGCUGCAAAAAUCUGUAUUCAAGAGCUUGCUAUGAGAGAUGGAUUGUAAUCUCAGAGUGCAGUUAGAUUAGGAUUCUGUUUGCCUGUAUAUCAAGUGUAGCUGUGAUGAUUUCAGAAUUGCAAAAUCCAAGGUUACAUGAUCUCAUGAUUGUUUA